AUGGAUAGCAACAACAAUACAAAAGGUGUCCAAUUAACCUUUAAGAAUAUCACUUAUAGGGUAGAAAAUAAAAAAUACAAAAAACAAUUAAAAAAACAAGCUGAAGCUAAAAAGAAAAAAAAUGACGACUAUGAAAAUAAUCCAAAUUUCACCGAUAUCAAAGUUGAAAAAGAAUUAACAAUUCUUAACAAUGUUAGCGGUGUGAUAGAAAAAGGUGAAUUAUGUGCACUAAUGGGUCCAUCAGGUAGUGGCAAAUCAACACUACUAGAUAUCCUUGCUGAACGUAAAACAACAGGUAAAAUUACUGGUAAACUCUUGAUCAAUGGUAAAGAAGUCGGUGAAGCUUAUAAAAAGUUUUGCUCUUAUGUUACACAGGAGGAUGUUUUAUUACAAACUGCAACAGUAUUUGAAACAAUUAAAUUCUAUGCAGAUUUGAAAUUACCAGAUAUGACUGAGGAAGAUAAAGUUAAUAGAGUUGAACAGGUUAUUGAAGAUGUAGGUUUAACCCACAGAAGAGAUGCUAUGAUUGGCGGUAUUUUACCAGGUGGCAUUUUUAUCAAGGGUUUAUCAGGAGGUGAAAAACGUAGAGUCUCAAUUGGCUGCGGUUUAGUAACUAAUCCUUCUUUAAUUUUCUUGGAUGAACCAACCUCUGGUCUUGAUUCAGUAACUGCAUUAUCAGUAAUGAGAACUUUAUUAGAUCUCACAAAAACUAAAGGUUGUACUAUUAUUGCCAGUAUUCAUCAACCACGUGGAGAAAUUUUCGAAUUAUUUAACAAAGUUAUGGUUGUUAUUAAAGGUAAAAUGAUUUACAGUGGCAGUAAUAUAUUGGAAUAUUUUGAACAGUUAGGUUAUAAAUGUCCAAAUAAUAUGAAUCCAGCAGAUUAUUGUUUAGAUACAGCUGUAGAAAUUGGAGAUGGCGAUCGUUAUGAAGAAAUUUGCACACAAUGGCAAAAGACUUGGGAAAAUGAAAUUGUCAAUGAAAUUACCCAACCUCAAAUUGCACUUGAAAAGCCAAAAGCCAUCGGAUUGCAAUAUCAAUACUACUAUCUAUUGAAGCGUUCUUGGAAAGAUCUCUUAAGAAAUCCAGGUAAUUUUAUUGCAAGAGUUGGAACAGCUGUAGUCACAGGUUUACUUUAUGGUGCUUGUUUUGCUGGUUUAAAAGAAACUGACAAAGAUGUACAAAAAAUCAUUGGUGUCAUUUUCUUUUUAAUCACUGGUUUAAAUUUAACCCCAUUCGCUGCCAUUUCAAUCUUUAUUAGUCAACGUACUUUGUUCAACGCUGAAAGAGCUUCAAAAGUCUAUCACUCAUUCCCAUACUACCUCUCUCUAGUCACCGUAGAAGCUUUGGUGGUCUUCUUGGUGGCCCUUAUCAAUGCUAUGGUUUGUUAUCUUCUUGCCCAUCUACGUUGGGAUGCAGGUUCCUUUUUCUUUGCAAUGUUAAAUUAUUUCUUUGUUCACUUGUUAUCUGACUAUCUAAUUUGCACUCUUGCAAAUUUGACAGGUGCUAGUGAUUUAACAUUUGCAUAUGGUUCCGGUUUGUCAGUAGUCUAUAUGUUAUUUGCAGGUUUCUUUGUUCCAGUCCAAGAAUUACCAAAAGCAUUUGGUUGGCUCCACUAUAUCAAUCCCAUUUUCUAUUCAUUCGUAUCAUUAAUGCAGGUUCAAUUCAAAGAUUUAGAUCUCAAAUGUGUAGAGCAAACUAAUGGUAAUUACACCAUUCCAUGUCAAUUCAAUAAUGGAAAUGAAGUUCUAAUGUACUAUGGUAUUGAUGAAUGGACAGCAGGUGAUAGUUUUGGUAUAGUUGUUUUAUGGACAGUCUUCUUUUUCGCUACCUCUUAUUUAGCACUCCACUAUUUAAACAAAGAAAAAAGAUAGAUACACAGGAUCAAUCAUCAAAUAAUAAUAUAUAUGAUAACAUGACAUAAAUAUUAUUCAAUCAUUAACUAAAAUAAAUAUAAAAAAAAAAAAUUCUAAUUCCAUUUUAAUCAAAUUAAAUAAACAUUAUAUUAUAUUUUUA